AUGGGGGAGAGGGGAGACUUUCUUUCAUGGAAGGAGGUGGAGCUGAUUGCAGAGCUGUCCGGAUGUCCCCCACCCACACACCCAGCCCUCUGUUUCCAGGAUGGCUCUUUGGACAAGUACCGCUCUAUAUCUGGCCUCUGCAACAACAGGCAAAAUCCUCUCUGGGGAGCGGCCAAUACUGCCUUGGUCAGAUGGCUCCCAGCAGACUAUGAGGAUGGAGAAAAAGAGCCAAAGGGUUGGAACCAUGGACGCCUCUAUAAUGGAUUCCAACUUCCUCCGGUAUGGGAGGUCAGCAAACAAAUAAUGAAGAGCACUUCUAAAUGGAAAGAUGAGUCCUAUUCUCAGUUAUUGGUGGAAUGGGGCCAGUACAUUGACCAUGACAUAACCUUCACCCCUCAAAGCAUCAGCAGAAGGGCUUUUGUGACAGGGCAGGACUGUCUGAGUACAUGUGAAAAUACAGAUUCUUGUUUCCCAAUUCAGUCACAUGACGUGUUGGAGGGUGGCAAAAGCUGCAUGCCUUUUUAUCGGUCCUCACCAUCAUGCUUUGCCAGUUUUGGGUCAAAUAUUAAAGAAGUUCUACAAAGGCAACAGAUGAAUGCCAUCACGUCGUUCAUUGACGCCUCUGCUGUAUACGGCCACACACCAGAAUUACAGAGGUCACUCCGCAACCUGUCUGGCGCCGAUGGUCGAAUGGCCGUUAACAACCGUUUCCAGGAUCCAAAAGGCAGACCAUACCUGCCUUUUGUACCUAUUACCCCAUCAGCUUGCUUUCAGGAUCACCACGGGGAGAGAGUUGAGUGUUUUUCUGCUGGAGACAGUCGAGUCAAUGAGGCUCUGGCCCUGACCUCCCUGCAUACCCUGUGGAUCAGAGAACACAACCGGAUUGCAGAAAUACUGAAAGGUCUCAAUGGCCACUGGAGUACUGAGACUCUAUACCAAGAGACCCGCAAGAUCAUUGGAGCCCUGCAUCAGAUAAUAACCAUGAGAGAUUAUGUUCCCAAAAUUAUUGGCCCAGAGGCUUUUGAUCAUUAUAUUGGACCCUAUGGGGGAUACGAUCCGUCUGUGAACCCUUCGGCCUCAAAUGUGUUCCCGACUGCAGCGUUCCGCUUUGGCCAUGCCACUAUCUCCACGACCCUCAGGAGACUCAAUGAGAGCUUCCAGGAACACGAGCAUUUCCCCUCCUUAAGAGUGCACAACACGUUUUUCAGUCCAUGGAGACUCGUCAAAGAAGGUGGACUGGAACCGAUCCUCAGAGGUCUUGUAGGAACUGCUGCAACCGCUGUGACCUCUGACCAGCUGAUAGCAGAGGAGCUGACAGAGAAGCUGCUGGUCCUCGACGCACCGCAGAAGAUGGACCUGGCUGCGCUGAACCUGCAGAGGGGACGAGACCACGCACUCCCUGGCUACAACGACUGGAGAGCUUUUUGCGGGCUGAAGCUCAUAAAGUCACAAGAUGACCUUCAGGAUGUCGUGAGAGACACCAGGGUUGCUGAGAAGAUACUGCGGAUGUACAAGCACCCGGACAACAUUGAUGUGUGGCUGGGAGGAGUCGCUGAGGACUUGUUGCCAGGGUCCAGAAACGGCCCUCUCUUCUCUUGCCUGAUUGGGAAGCAGAUGAAAGUGCUUCGUGAUGGGGACAGGUUUUGGUGGGAGACACAGUUCACAAAGCUACAGAGGUCUGAGCUUUUAAAGUCUUCACUGUCUCGCAUCAUCUGUGACAAUAGCGACCUAGACCAAGUCCCACUAGAUGCCUUCAAGUUGGGUGAAUACCCUGCUGACUUCCGAUCCUGUGAUACGAUACCAUCGAUGAGUCUGGAAGCUUGGCGAGAGGAGACGAGCACAGCCUUAGAACUUUGUGGCUCGCCAGCAAAGACAGACAGUAGAGAGUUCAUAUUGUCGUCCACAUCUGGCAAGUUAGUUGCCUUGUCAGUUGCCUGUGUCCUUGCUUUUGAAUUAAAUGAUUCUGCUAAAAAUCUGUGUAAGGAAAUGGAUGAAGUGAUCGACCUCCACAAAGCAUUGCUGCCCACAUUUUACGGAGUAACCACAUGA